CGGCGAGUCUCCCCACACCCACCUGGACGCGAGUAACAGCUUCCAGAUAUUUCACCACGUGGAAAAGCGACGCCACCAAGGAUAAAAGAUCGGCCGGUCGUUCGGCCGGAGCACGCCGGAGUCGAGUCGAAGCAGGCAAAGGCUUGGAGCGAUCGCGAAGAAGACGAUGGAGGCUGAUCUGCGGGGGCUCGCACGCUUGCCGGACUUCCUGGCGGUGUGCUCCUCUGCUGGAUGGACGGAUCAGAAGCACAAGGUCUACCUUAGCUUACUGCAGGAAUCUUUCGUGAACCGAUUGCACGAACAUGAAAUCGGCUUCAAAGGACUCUUCAGUCUGUCCCCAAGACCUUCCAGACCAAAGUCCACGGUUGACAGAGCCAUGCCCUGCAGAAAGAUUGAGCAGAUCAGACCACUCUCCUCUUGUGAGGAUGAGGAAGAUGGAGAAGACCACUCUACGGACGAUGAUGCGUCAACUACCGAGACGGUACAAGAAUCCAGCAGCUCCGAAGCAAGUGCGACGAGCCAUGGACGGUCUUCUGCGAGCCGUUCUGGCAAGCGAGAGCAUUCCCCUUCCAGGACUGCAGAUACUUGCAAGAGAACCACCUACUCGUGCGUUUCAUCGGAGGGGUCAGAUCAGAAUUUCGUUGACGAGGACGUCGAUGACACGAACUGGAUUGGUGAAUCGAGGAGACGUCGCGGCAACAAGAGACUCAAGUCUGCUGACGAUCGAUACGAUGGAUGUUGGAUGAUCAAGUGAGAGAGAGAGGCGUUGCGUCCAUGAAGGAAGAACUACAACAAGUGGGCUGCCUCAGUGCAAGAGAAGAGGGCACCGAUGGCCGUGACGUCUCAUUGGAAGUGAAUGCCGGAUUAUUGGAUGCAGCGCCUGGGUCAUCCUCCAAAAUUGGAUAAUUCACACCAACAAUGAAAUGUUCGGACUAACAAUGUGUACGUGCUCAGUGCUUUGCUCACCCGAGUAGGAUCACCAUGAGCUGUAGAAUAGGCAUCAAGACUCUAGUAAGUAGUAGCCCACAUGUAGAACGAGUAUUAUCAAUUCCGAGGAAGAGUUCAAAGCUUACAACUGUC